GCCGCCGCCAAGAAGGGCCGGCGGCCCCGGCAUUCCCCCGCCGGACCGGCCCCGGGCCCCGCUCCGGGCGGCAGCGGCGGCCUCGCCAGGCAGCUCCGGGCCCUCGGCCUCAAGCUGCGGGAGGUGCCGGGAGAUGGGUGAGCGCCGCGACGGGUGACCCCAGCAACCCCGGGGAUUCUCCGGACAUCCAGCCCUGAAGGCUGAGGGCUUCCUCCUCCCCGGGUGAUGUGAGCCCGUGUCCCGGGGGCCGAGGAUUGUCCCCUCCCGGCUGAGUGGGCCCUGCCCUCCGCAGGGGUGAGGGCUUCCCCGCUGUGCCCCUCAGGGAUCUCCGCUGCUCUCUGCCUGCUGUAGGGCCCGACGGCUCGGCCCGUCCCAUCCCUGGUGCCCGGGGGGCCGCGGGCUCCGGUGUCCAGCGGAACUGAGCAUAGGAAGGUCCAUAAAUGUUCUUAAGGAAUACUUUCACCCCCUUCUUUUCUAGAAGGUGAAAAGGAACUGCUUGUUCCGGGCCCUGGGGGACCAGCUGGAGGGGCACUCCCGGAAUCACCUGCGGCACCGCCAGGAGACCGUGCAGUUCAUGGUGAGGCAGCGGGGGGACUUCGAGCCCUUCGUGGAGGAUGAUGUGCCCUUUGACAAACAUGUUGCCAAUUUGGCCAAGCCUGGUACUUUUGCUGGCAAUGAUGCUAUUGUGGCCUUUGCAAGGAACAAUCAAAUGAAUGUGGUUAUUCAUCAGCUCAACACUCCACUGUGGCAGCAACCAGUCCUUCUUCCUUCCCGGUGUUUGCCAUCGCUGCAAAAAACGAAAACUCAGAAAAAUGGGGCGCUGAAGCCGAUUCCAAAGGCUCACUUGCAGUUUGUUUGUUUUGUUGAGAUCCGCGGCACAGACAGGAGCGAUGCCCGGGAGCUGCACAUCGCCUACAGGCACGGCGAGCACUACGACAGCGUCAGGAGGCUCAGCGACGACUCGGAGGCGCCGGCCUGCCUGAGGAUGGAGAUGCUUUGCAAGAACGAUUCAAAUAAGGCAGGGGAAGUGAAGCCACAGAAGGGCAACUCUGAAGAUGAGACUGAGGUGGAGAUGGAAGAUGCUGUACAAAAAGUGUGCAGUGCAACUGGGUGUUCAGACAUGGAUUUAGUAAGCCACAUUCUUGAGGUGGAGGACUACAACGUGGAAUCUGCAAUAUUUGCCAUCUUGCAGGUGAAGGAAGGGGAAGGAAUAGGUACUGAGGAGCAGCAGGAGCCCCUGGGCAUGGAGCAGAAAUCCUGCAGCAGGACACUGUGGGAAGAGAACGGAACUGGUUCAAGAAUCUUUGGAAAUCAAGGUGAAGUAGAAAACAACAAGGGUCAAGCUGGAUCCAGGGAAGAGAACCGAGCCAGCAGAAACCCAAAGGUGGCCAAGAAACAAAGGAAGGAGCAGCAGCGGCUGGAGAAGAAGAAGCGGCAGGAGGAGAGGCACCGGCAGAAGGUCCUGGCCACCAAGAGGGACAGUGCAGACACCAGGACAGAGACAGACCCAGCCAGCCACGUCACCCUGGUGAAGGCCAUGGCAGCCCUAAACAUAUGACUCAGUGCUCUGAUGAGAAAAGCAAAUAAAACUGAUGAAGACCAAAUUCCCCCAGGAGAAUUUCCAGGCACCCAUGUUUAUCUUAAAGUCCAUCUCUGCUGGGGUUUCCAAACACAAGAGAACUUCCUCUUCCUUUGCUUUGGGGAGGACAAUUGCUCAUUGAUUCUGCAUCAGCCUGUGGUGGGAAGAGCUGUUUAAACUUAACAGGAAGUAGAGACUUGGGUCUAUAAUCUUGUAGUUACAUGAAGGUGAGGACCUUUUCUUCACACAACGGUGUCAGAUUUGUUUUGACAUCUCUUGAUGUGCCUGGUUUUGUUUCAUUGGGUUUUUUUUCUUUUAUUUGGUUAUGCCUGGAGGAGCUUUAUUUUACCUUGUUGUCAGGGAAAGCUUAACAAAUCUCAACUCAGGAAUAUCUCUGGUGGAUCUUUUUGUAUUUAAAUUCAAAUAAAGUAAGGGAACAGAG